UGUCUUCUUUGCUUUCGUUAUCUCAGGAAGAGAAAAAAAAAAAAAAAAUCUCGAUUCAGCGAUCAAACAAGCGUUAGAUCAGAUGGCGGCACCUUUCACGUUGAGGAAAAUCGGCGUCCCUCCGAACUCAGCGAACCUGACGGAAGCUCGCCGCCGUGUAUUCGAUUUCUUCAGAGCAGCCUGCAGAUCCAUCCCUACCAUCAUGGACAUUUACAAUCUCCAAGACGUCGUCGCGCCUUCCCAGCUCCGCUUCGCAAUCUCUGCUCAGAUUCGUAACAACGCUCACGUCACCGACCCUAAGGUAAUUGAUCUUCUUCUAUUCAAGGGAAUGGAAGAGCUGACUGACAUAGUGGAUCACGCUAAGCAGCGUCACCACAUCAUCGGUCAGUACGUUGUGGGUGAAGGGCUGGUGCAGAAUACCGGAAGCAAAGAUCAAGGAAAGUCUGAUUUUCUCAAGAAUUUCUACACCAGCAACUACUUUUGAACUCAUUUUCGAGUUUGCCGUUCCAGUAUUGUAUUUCAUGACUUGAAGAAGCCGUCUUCCCGAAAAUAAUAAUACCUUUUUUCAUUUGUAUGAGUUUGGUCAAACCUCUCUAAGUUUUAUCUGUGACAGUGUUUGUUGUGCAGAUAUUGCUAUGAUUUAACUCUCAAAUAUAAAUUGAAUUGGUCUGUUUGAUUUAU